UCUGAGAAGUGGUUUCCCAAAGGAAGGGUGUCCCAAUACUCCCCACCAUGGGACAUCCCCGUGCCCUCAGAGCCCGCCCCAGUCACAAGGCAAGUGACUGGAUCCACAGUGGCUGUGGGCACAGCAGUCUGAAGACAACUGGAUGUGAGAAUUUGGGCAGCAGGCUUGGGACUGGAGCGUGACCGCGAGUUCUCCCCGUGGCCGCCGCCGCUGUGACAGCCUCCGCAAUAACAGAAGUCCAAGGCGGCUUCCUCCUCCCUGCUCGGAGGGGGCGGAGGUCUGGGGCCCGCAGCACCCCAGUUUUCUACAGCCCCCACACGUCGGCACUCGCGGUUGCUGAGAUACCAGGCUGAUUCACCCUGGGGUCUGUCGGAAGCGACCUCCCCUGGGACCAGGUCUCCGGCCCCUCCCAAGGACCAUGCCACAGUUCCACUGACCCUGGAGCAGGGGCCUGAGGGCAGGGCACCCGGAAUGGGUUGUGUGUCCUGCAAGAAGUCAGAGCCAGGGCUCAAGGAGGAUGCUGGCCUGGAAGAGGACUUCAGGGACCAGGGGGCUGCAGACCGCUAUGGCCCAGACCCUACUCAAGCCCGGCCUGUGGCCUCCUCUGCCCACAUCCCCAACUACAACAACUUCUCUCAGCCCACCAACCCUACCUUCCUUGAUGGGGGCAAUAUCAAAGGCAUCUCAGGGACUGGGGUGACCAUGUUCAUUGCCCUAUAUGACUAUGAGGCCCGAACAGAUGAUGACCUUACCUUCACCAAAGGCGAGAAGUUUCACAUCCUGAACAAUACUGAGGGUGACUGGUGGGAGGCGCGGUCCCUCAGCUCUGGACAAACUGGCUACAUUCCCAGCAACUACGUGGCCCCUGUGGACUCCAUCCAGGCUGAAGAGUGGUAUUUUGGAAAGAUCGGGCGGAAGGAUGCUGAGAGGCAGCUGCUCUCUUCAGGCAACCCCCGGGGAGCCUUUCUCAUUCGAGAGAGUGAGACCACCAAAGGUGCCUACUCCCUGUCUGUCCUGGACUGGGACCAGACCAAAGGCGACCACGUGAAGCAUUACAAGAUCCGCAAGCUGGACACGGGUGGCUACUACAUCACCACGAGGGCCCAGUUCGACUCAGUGCGGGAGCUGGUGCAGCAUUACAUGGAGGUCAAUGAUGGGCUGUGCCACCUGCUCACGGCUGCCUGCACCACCGUGAAGCCGCAGACGCUGGGUCUGGCCAAGGACGCCUGGGAGAUCAGCCGUGACUCCAUUGCACUGGAGCGCAGGCUGGGCACCGGCUGCUUCGGGGACGUGUGGCUGGGCACAUGGAACGGCACCACGAAGGUGGCGGUGAAAACCCUGAAGCCGGGCACCAUGGCCCCGAAGGCCUUCCUGGACGAGGCGCAGAUCAUGAAGCUGCUGCGGCACGACAAGCUGGUGCAGCUGUAUGCUGUGGUGUCAGAUGAGCCCAUCUACAUCGUGACCGAGUUCAUGAGCCAUGGUAGCUUGCUGGACUUCCUCAAGGACCAGGAGGGCCAGAAUUUGAGUUUGCCUCAGUUGGUGGACAUGGCAGCCCAGGUUGCUGCGGGCAUGGCCUACAUGGAGCGCAUGAACUACAUCCACCGAGACCUGAGAGCAGCCAACAUCUUGGUGGGAGACCGGCUGGUGUGCAAGAUCGCCGACUUCGGGCUGGCCCGUCUCAUCGAGGAUGAUGAGUACAACCCCCAACAAGGAGCCAAAUUCCCCAUCAAGUGGACAGCCCCAGAGGCUGCCCUCUUUGGCAGAUUCACCAUCAAGUCAGAUGUGUGGUCUUUUGGCAUCCUGCUCACUGAACUCAUCAGCAAGGGCCGAGUUCCCUACCCAGGCAUGAAUAACCGGGAAGUGUUGGAGCAGGUGGAGCAUGGCUACCACAUGCCCUGUCCUCCAACUUGCCCGGCGUCACUGUACGAGGUCAUGGAGCAGACCUGGCGUCUGGACCCGGAGGAAAGGCCAACCUUCGAGUACCUGCAGUCCUUCCUGGAGGAUUACUUCACCUCCACGGAACCCCAGUAUCAGCCUGGAGAUCAGACAUAGCCUAUUUGGACACCCAUCCCCUCUCUGGGGGGGUGUACCCACAAGCCCCCUCCAAUCCCUACGGCUCUGGUCCCAAAGCCCCCAGGCUUAGAACCCUAUAGAGCUCUUGCAUGUCUCAGCAAACAGGUUGUUCUGACUCCAUCUAGGGCAAACCACUCAAUUUAAAAAUGGAGCAAACGGAGGCCCAGAGAUCAUUACUUACUCACUCUGACCCCAAGCACUCUCUCUCCCCUUCCCACUUAGCCUCCUACACACCUCUAGCCUCCCUGCCCCUCCCCCUGGAAGAAAUACUUUUCUAGUUAUUUAUAAAACCAUAUGUCCAUGCCCUCACUCAUCUCCUACCCCAUUAUCUACCCUGAUGCAGACCUCCAGAAUUUACCUCCUACUCAAUUCUCUUGUGUCUAUUAAGUUAGAAAAGUUACAAAGACAAAGACGUCUUUGAUGGACCCCUUUCUUGCUGGGUGGCAGCCAUGGUGCAGGACUGGCGUUCCAGCCCAAGACUGUGGGAGCGCAUUGCUCAGGGCACACCACCUCUUUGAAUCAUGUAAGUUUACUGGGUUUGUAAAUAAGAAAAAAAAAUAGUAAAACUUUGAGCCAUGAAAAUCCCUUCCUUUAGGUGAGAUGCUGGUGGGUGCAGGGAGACUGAUCUAUUGGGAGCAGGAUGGGAAGGUGAGAGAGUAUCCUAAUGCCUACUAAACACAGGGUACCCCAAGUGUGGGUUUUUUCCAUCUCAAUUAUUUCUUUAUUUCAUAAAUUGAAUAAAAAUUCUAUUAUAACAUUAAGAAAAAGGAAAGACAUCAUGAACAUAGUUUUCUUUAAUGAGAAUAUAAAUUAAGCAUUUAAAAUAACUUGAGUAAAAAUCCUUCCUGAAAUCACCCCAGGUGUGUUUCAGGGCACCCAAACGUCCCAAUAUUUGUCCCCAUGUGAAUUUAGGGCAAGUUGAGAGAUAGAUACAGAAGACAAGCAACUGGAGAGCAAAAUGUCCCCUUCAUAACUAAUGUGGCUUUCAAUCUGUGUGCAGUGGAUUUGCUCAUUCUUUACUUGAUUUCAGCAGCUUAACCAUUCAUCCUAGCGAUAGCAGCACAACCACAGACCUCGUCUCAUGGAAGAAGACUGCAGCUCCCAAGAGAGUAUGGUAGUGGGGAGAGGUCUGAGCUUUAGUCUAGCUCAAUGGAUCUCUCUUGGGCAGCUCUGACCGUAGGUAGGUGGCUUUUGAGGAGGUCUGGAGGCAGUUGUCUUUGUCACAACAGGGACUUCUACUGGCAUAGGUUGGACAGGGGCCGGCACCUAAACAAUCUGCCAGGCACCUGUGCAACAAAGAAUUGUCCAAUUCUCGGUCCCUCUUUGAGAAACUCUGGCAGCUGAUCUAUUUCUGUGUGGAAACAAGACAAACAGAGAAUGAGGAUUCCCACCUCUCUUAUCAGGAGACUUUUUUUAAAAAGAUUUAUUUUAUUUAUACAAGAGCAGGGGUACAGGACAGAGGUGCAGGAGGGUGAGAGGAUUCACCAGAGACAGAGUGGGGAACAGAACAGGCAGACGAUCCGAAAGCACUGCUGAGAAGAGCAGCAGGUGAGACAGGAGAGGUCUGCCGUGCCAUGUGGGUAUCUCCCUGGCCAGCCAGGAAUUGAACUGGCACUGCAGAGACUGCGGACAGCUGUGAUGCGCUGUGCUCAACCUUCUGUGCCACCGGGGAGGCCUUUAUCAGGAAGCUUUUGACCCCUGACUUACUAAGGAAGUGGAUGGGGGUAAGAGGUGAGGAGCUGGGAAUCAGCUGCAAUUGGUAAACAAUUACUAAGCAUUAACUCUGUGAAGGGCCUUUAGCCAGGCAGAACUCCUGGGAUACAAACAUGAACAAGACCCGUCCCAAACUUGGAGUUCAGUCAGGCUGGGAGAGAUCAUCGUAAUGAUAACAGCCCAUUUAUUGUCCUGCUGAUGCCAGAUGUGUUUUCAUCUAUCUUCUCAUUUAAUCCAGUCUUGAGUCUGGUGCUAUGUUAACCCCCAUUUACAGAUGAAGAAACUGAGGUUAAGGGGUUAUAUCAGGAAUAACACAUGCCAAGGUCACACAUAUGUAUGUGAUAGAGGUGGGAUUUGAAACCAGGUCUCACACCAAGGCCCACAAUUUUGCUACCAGACCUCACUGCCUCUGGGCUUUGGGAAGAGAUCGUAUUUGCCCUGGGUGAAAGUUGCCUUCUAGAUACUGGUAGCAAGAUUCCCUGGAAACACCACUCCCUAACUUGAGUGACCGUAAGGAAAAGCGGACAAGGGGACCAAUGCAGACUGGGAGUUUCCUGCACUUGGCCCUGGGCUGGGGCUGGGCUGGGGAGCAGAAGCUGUAAGAUGGAAAGAGGCCAAGUGGCUGCAGGGAGAGCUGGUCCCAGGGGUGAGAGCCAUACUCAAGCUUUGCACACUCAAGCUUCCAGUGGUCACAGCUUCCCCAGGGCUAUUGUCCUGGACCCACCAAACUCACAAGAGCCUGCUGUGUAAGCCACAGGACCAGUGUUUCCACCUGCCAUGGAAUAAGCAAGUAAGAGCACAGUUCUGGUGCUCUAGUGCCAGUGUGAAUCUUGCCUCCGCCACUCAGUAGCUGUGUGAUUUCAUGCAAAUCAUUAAUCUCUCAAUUUCCUCAUCUAUGAAAUGGCAACAAAUGCGUAAUACGCAUUAGCUAUCUUUGUCACUACCAUUUGCAGUUAUUUAGUCUGUGCCAGCAUCCUGCUAAGCCUAUGUUCCCAUUUCAUCUUCACAGAACCGUCUGAGGGCAAAGCUGUUGAAUUUUCAUCUUAUUAAUUAGGAAAUUGAGGCACAGUGAAGUAAAUAAGACUUAGGUGUCAUAAGUAGGACAGACAUGUCAGAGCUGGGGCUUGAACCAGGUCCUCUGACUCCAAAAUCAGUGCUCUCAGCCUCUCUAGGAUUUUCCUGAGGCUAGAAUUUUCUUGUCUGCCCCAUGGGGCUCUGCCUGCUACCUGGACACUCAUUAGUUUAAGCAAAGGCCACCAGGCCCUCACUGCUUCUCAGCAGAGAUCAGCACCACCUGUGCCUGGAACUCCUGUAUCUCCUGGUUCCCUGUCCUUCCCUCUGGUGCAGCUGGAUGAAUUCCCCCUUGGACCCCUUUUUCUGUGCAUCCUUCUGUUCCCUUCAGAUAGAGCACAAUGCAAUUGAUUAGGCCUCUGUUUUCUCAAUUUCAAUCACAUCCUCGCCCUGCCUCCCUGAGAUUACAGGCGGGUCACCUUGAUUGCGGUUUCCACCGUUACUGUUCACAAAACUCUUCAGUCGUUUACAAAACCAUCUCUCGGCUCAUUCACUCCCCCACCUGGCUCUUCUCCUCCGUGAUGCGUGGAUUUUACUGGCUUAAGGCUCAGAGGGCAAUUUUACUUCCAAGUUCAUGGUAGGGGAGGAGGAUACCUAACUGACUAAAAGUGGGUGUUUCAUAUGCAUCAUCUAAUUUGAUCCUCACCACGAGCAGUGCAGAAGUGUGAUUAUUCCUGUUUUGCAAAAGAAGCAAUAAAGACUGAGAGGCUACAACAUUUGCCCAAGGUCAUACAGCUGGAUGGCAGAGUCAGAAUCCAAACCCGGGCCUGUGUGACUUCAAAGUCUCAUGUAUCUCACUGUGUCACAUCCCCUUAUUGGAUGGCACAGCCUAGAAAAGCACAAAACUAACCUAGAGUCAGGUCCAGGGAGGACAUGGUGCAGACAGAGGGCUGGGGUGGCCUCACACAUGCUGAGGAUUAUACCCGCAAAAUAAUUUAUUUAAUUUUAAUUUCACACACAUUUACUGAUGUCUCCUAUAGACUGACCCUACCCAGAAGACAGAAUAGUAAAUAAUUACAACACUUAGGACAAGGUCGGUCUGGAGACCAAGGGAGACUUCUUGGAGAAUGUGAAAGAAAAGUCUGCCUGACAAAGCACCAGAGGGUGAGAUCAUCUCCACUGAGGGAACAGCAUGUGCAAAGGCCCAAAGGUAUUAGUAGAGCAAGGUCAAGUCAGCCAAAUACAAAUAAUUAUGUAUGGGAGAGUUGAAGGUACAGAUGAGACAUGGAAGAAGGUUGGUGGGUCAGAGGCAAGAGGUAGGAGGGUCAGGGACUAAGAAACAUGACUCCUGAGUUGUAGGAAAAAAGUCAUUGAGAAGAAAUUGGGUGUGGGGUGCAGACCUAUUGGGGGAUGGGUGUAUCCUGGUCCUACUGCUAUAGUACCGACCUGGGUGGACCCACUAUCCACCCCAGUAGUUGUCUCCCACCCCCAUCCAUCCCAGCCAUUCCACACACACAUCCACACCCACCACCACCCCACACCACAGAACCUGAUGGUCCUGCAGUGGGGUCCGCACUCUCUCUGGUGGCUGCUGUGGGU